AUGGCAGAAAAAUGGACUCCUCCUAAAGACGGCACGCCAUGCUGGAUCAAUGUCCUUGCUACUGAUGUACAGCGAGCCCAAAAGUUUUACAGCACUGUUUUCAACUGGCGCUUCAACCGUCCGACAACAUCGGAAGGCCAUGCGCUUGACCCUGCUGAGAUUGCCAUGUUCGAAGUCCCUGGAGGACCCUGCCCAAAUGGGGGGAUCACACGGGUGACCCAAUCCGAGUGGACAGACUCGCAUGGCAAAGGUGGAGUUGUACUGUAUUUGUACGUGGACGAGAUCCAGUCCUACGAGGAAAAAAUUGUAAAAGCAGGUGGAAAGAAGAUGACCGACGUUGUUCCGGAAGGGAAUCAGGCACUUAUGCAGCAUUUCGAGGAUACCGAGGGGAAUUAUUUGGGCAUUUACACUAUGAAGAAGUAG